GCGGGGCUGCGGACGGCGCGGGGCUGAAUGGGCGCGAGCGCGGCGCCCGCGGCGGGCGGGGGCGCGCGGCCCUGGCUGGGCGGCGGGCGGGCGCCCCAUCCCUAACAUGAGCGCGAAGCGGGCGGGCGAUGCGAAGCGGCGUCCCCUGCUGCCGCGGACCGAGGCGGAGGCGGCGGCGGCACCUGCCGGCCAAGCAAUGCAAAGUGAGUAUAAUGAUGUGAAGUUGAUUAGUGAUUGCUCCAAACCCUCCCUGCAAUGGUACAUCCGAGCUCAAAACAAGAUGAGAAGACCCAACUCGUUGUUAAAAGACAUUCUCAAGUGUAUAUUGUUUGUGUUUGGAGUGUGGAUCCUUUUCAAGUUAAAUUAUACUACUGAAGAAUGUGACAUGAAAAAUAUGCAUUAUGUGGACCCUGACCGCAUAAAGAGAGCUCAUAAAUAUGCUCAGCACAUCUUGGAGAAGGAGUGCCGGCCUGGGUUUGCGGAGAGGUCCAUGGGAACGCUGUUUGAGCACAGGUACAGCAUGAACCUCGCACCUUUCGUGAAGAGAACCCCCCGAGUGGAUGAAGCCGAGUACAAAUACGAGCCUCCCUUUGGAUUCCGGAAGUUCUCCCGGGAAGUGAAGACUCUCUUGGGACUCUUGCCGGAGGAUGACUUCCCUGAACACUUGAAAGCAAAGAGCUGUCGGCGCUGUGUGGUGGUCGGCAGUGGCGGGAUUCUCAAGGGACUAGAGCUGGGGAAGAUCUUGAACCAGUUUGACAUUGUGAUAAGGUUAAACAGUGCACCCGUUGAAGGCUUUUCAAAAGACGUUGGAAAUAAAACCACGAUAAGGAUGACUUAUCCAGAGGGCGCCCCACUGUCUGAUCUGGACUAUUAUGCAAAUGACUUGUUUGUUACUGUUUUAUUUAAGGAGGUAGACUUCAAGUGGCUUCAAGCAAUAAUAAAAAAUGAGACCUUGUCAUUUUGGGUGCGGCUCUUCUUUUGGAAGCAGGUCGUGGAAAAAAUCCCUCUGCAGCCAAAACAUUUCAGGAUUUUGAAUCCAGUUAUCAUCAAGGAGACUGCCUUUGACAUCCUUCAGUUUCCAGAACCUCAGUCAAGGUUCUGGGGCCAAGAUAAGAAUGUCCCCACAAUUGGUGUCAUUGCCGUGAUCUUGGCCACACACCUGUGUGAUGAAGUCAGCUUGGCGGGCUUUGGCUACGACCUCAACCAACCCAAAACCUCUUUGCACUAUUUUGACACUCAGUGCAUGGCCGCCAUGAACUUCCAGACCAUGCAUAAUGUGACCACGGAGACCCAGUUCUUGCUGCGACUGGUGAAGGAGGGCGUGGUGAAGGACCUGAGCGGGGGCAUCCACUGUGAAUUCUGAGCAGGAACCUGGCCGGAGGGAAGGCCUUUCCUCACCUUCUCCCUGCGCUCUUCCUGCUCCAUUCUUGGACAUGCAGCUGUGGUUUUUAACUUUGUGUUUAAAAACCUCCGAACAAGAAACAAUUUUAUUCAUCCCACUCUUUUUUUUAUUGGCCCUACUUCCUUGAAACCAGUGUUUUUGCACAAAAUUUUGUAAGCUGACCUUCCAGAUUGGCUGGGAAAGACUUUUCAAAGAGAAUGACAUCUGAUGGCGUUUUAUGACAUUUUAAACAAGUUCUUUUAUUUGUGAAGACUCUUGUCUUUGUCUGCUGUGCAUAGGAUGGCGAGGAGUUAAGUGGAAGGAGAAGCAGGUUGGUCCAGAGGGCCUGGCUGGACUUCUGUGUUCCUACACUGGGGGCAGUGAGAUGGCUUCCCCGUAGCUAAGCCAGCGGUAUUGAGCCGGCACCUCGAGCAAGGCUGCUCAGAGAAGUCUACUGCCCCUCUCUGCGGCCUCUUUGGCCCCUGGGGAAGACUGCAGCCCAUAUAGGAGAAUAGCGUUUCUCUGGUCUCAUGUCUUCAGUGUCUCUGUGGAUACUUGCAUGUUGCUUUUGAAAACUCUUUGUUUAGAGAGAAUGCACUUGGGCCAAGGACGUGGCUUGUAUGUGUGAAGCCCAGUUGCCAGUUGGAUCUCUGGCAAUGAGAGAGAGAGAGAGACAGAGACAGAGACAGAGAGAGAGAGAGAGAGAGAGAGAGAGAGAGAGAGAGAGAGAGAGAGAGAGAGAGAGAAUAUGCUUUCAUAGUCUUACCACUUUGAUGAAAAUUUGAAUAUUGGGACUCAGAUGGGUGGUCCAUGGCUGCCCUGUGGCUCAGGCAGGACCAGCAGGCCUGUACUGUAUAUCUCAGUGCCAUCUCCAGGGUAUAUUCAGAGCAUUUAAGACCAUUAUUAAGUUAUUAUUAAUAAGACUGUUACUAAGCAUUAUUAAGCAUUUAGUUGGUUUGACGCACCAACUCCCCAAUAAUUGAGUCCGUAUAAUGGAGUCAAGGGCUGGGUUAUGCGAAACUCACCCCCUUUUCCUAGAAUUGGGCCUCCAUCCUUUUCCCAGACACCCUUGCCUCUCCAGCUGCUGAGUGUCAUGGUGGGUGGUGGGGGCAGAGAGGUCCUAGCCCGAAGAUAAGGUGAGCCGUGGCUCUCAGUGUGGAUAAUUAGUUUUAAUGUGGAUAAAGGGGCUCAGGUUCUUGGUUUCAUAGGAGACAGAAGCUAAGGCUUUCAGUUUGUUAGCUGUCUUUCUCGGAGUUGGCAUUUCUGCUGGAGAUGGAGAUUGAGUCUCUUUUGUCUAGAUGCUUUCUGCCUCUUAUUUUUUCAAAGUAGGACAAGACCUGUCCGCCCAUGGGGACAUUUUCUGUCCCUGUCACCUGAGCCUCUCAAAGCUGUGGGAUGUACGGAGCCUGGUGCUUCGAAAAAUGCUGGCCUGAUCCCAUCUCUCUCCCUUGUCCUCUGUAUGACCUUAGUGCGUGUUCUGUCCAGGCCUCUUGACUUUUAUUCACUGGCAGGUAGUAAGUAUCCUAAUCCUAGCAUCUUAAACUAUGGGUCCUGGACCCAUAUGGAGUCACAUAACUGAAUGUGAAGGUCAUGAAAAUUUGUUUUAAAAUAAAUUUAUUAUUUAUUAUUAGUCAGUGUUUGAUUUAGUUCUUAUGCCUAGGGCCAUGCCAGAAAAUUUCUCUGGCAAAAGGAAUCACAAGUAGAAAAGAUUUAAGAAGCUUUGCCUUAAGUGAAUAAAAGGUGUAUGUUUUUUUUUCCUUUUUAAUAGGAUAUUCUACAAUUUAUUUAAUUAACUUAUUUUGGGGGUUUGGGGCCACACUCAGCAGUGCCCGGGGGUUACUCCUGGUUCUCACUCAGGGAUCACUCCUGGCAGGGCUUGGGGGACCAUAUGGGGUAACGGGGUUUGAACCCAGUUGGCCACAUGCAAGGCAAGAGACUUAAGUAAGUAAGUGGCUAAGUAGCCACUUAACUAUUUCUCCAACCCCAUCAGUCAUGUUUUUCAGAGACCUUUUAUGGAGUCCCCCUGCCAGUCAGAGUUGACCAGAGACAAUGUUAAAGAGCUUUUAGCACUUAACAUUUUUUGAAAUUUCCUUCUCUGCUUCAGGAUUGUUCCUAGACCCCACUCCCAACCUCAGCAGCUUUUCUAGAAAAUCUUCUAGGCGCACCAGGGUGGCCUGACUGAGUUCAGAAGCUGAGGGCUCAUCAGCCCUCCUCCAGCUUGGCCUAGUUUUAUAGGCAUGCACAACCUCCCUCCAAAAUGGAUGGAAUGACUAGUUUUGAGGUGACUUAGGACAAUGUACCUGUACUCUGUAUCUGACAUGCUCCUUCCUGGAACUCUGAGCCACUGAAAAUUUUAGUUGGGUUUUUAUUUGUUUUCCUGGCAGCGAGCUUAUUCUUUCCAUAAACUCAGGCUGGCCAUAGAAUAACAGGAACUAUAGUGACUUAUGUCCUUAUCACCUGCGUAUUUUCAGAGCUAAAAUCGGGAUAUUCUAAAUGACCUCUUAGGUUCUAGGUGUUGCAUUACCUUCUACCCUACUCCUCUGUGUCAUGCUGUUUUCAUUUCAUUUCCCAUGAAUGUGUAAUAACGCAUUAAUUAGCUGAAGUGUGUCUGUUUUCAAUGGAUUUGAAGGAUCUCAUUAUUUGUUGGACCCAUCACUUAAAGUAAGCAGUCAAAAGAGGAGCAGAAGGGAAGAAGGGAACAUCUUGCCAGACACCAAAUGAUGUUGGGACUGAAGAGAGAGCCACACUGGUUUGUUUACUCUCACUCGAGACACCAAAGUUCACUCAGAAUGAAUCAAAAGGCUUGGACGGGAGCUUCGGGACCAUAAAAUACAGCAAAGAGCACAGGCCAAAUAUUCCAAUGUUGGUUUCAAUGUUUGUCUUCAGGGAAUUGACUCCAUCAGCAAAGAAAACGAGCAAAAUCAACUGGAACCCAUGGAACUUCAAUCUUUACAGCAAAAGGGGCAAUCACUAAAAAAAUCCUUCUGAAUUACAGAUUAUUUGCACAUCACACAUCUGACAAAGGGCUACAAUCCAAGAUCUACCUAUAAUGAACUUGAGGACAACAGAACAAACUACCCCAUGGAAAUGCCGGAGAAGUGUGAGACAGAUGCUUUCCCCUAAGACCACAUGCAGAUGGCCUACAGGCCCAUGAUGAGCUCAUUGUCACUGGUCCUCAUGGACACAAAAAUCAAUGUGCCAUUGAGAUGCUACCUCACACCUGUGAGAAUGACCUUUAUCAAAAGGGUCAGAAAUGAUUGGUUGGCAGGAGUGUGAAGAAGAACUCGCUCUCAUUCUUUAUUGCUGGGAAUAUAAAUGGAUCCUUUUUUCCAACCUCUAUGGAAAAAAAUUAUGGAGAUUUUGAAAAUAAUAAUAAUAAUAAUAAUUAACUAGAGCUACCAUAUGAUCUAGGUAUUCUACCCCUAGGUAUCCAUCCCACUAACCAAAAGACCAAUUUUUAAAAUUUGCAUGCACGCCUAUGUUCAUUACAGUAAUAUUUACAAAUAGUUUAUGAGAUACCAAAACCACCAAAUGCCUGAUGACAGAUGAGUGGAUAUAGAAGAUGUUGUCUAGUUUCACAGUGAACUGUUCCUUGGCCAUUAGGAAAGAUGAAAUCUUGCCUUUUACUCCCACACGUGAGUGGAAUUUGAGGGGGUUGUACUAAGAGAAAAAAGUCAGAAGGAGAAAAACAAAUACCAGGUGAUCUCCCUCAUAUGGGUUACCCUCAAAAAAGAAAGCAAAGAAAUAGCCAGUGCUGAAGGGAGGCAAACCCUUAGAAUCUGAUCACAGAACUGAGGUUACAGCAAGUUGUGUUUGGUGGUGAGGGUGGAGGUGUCUGUGGGAUAAAGGGGUCCCGGGGACUGUGGUGAAGGGAGAUUGAUACCUUGGAAGGGGGUGUGGAACGGUACCAUUGAAUCCCUUAGUUACAUAUUUAUACUCAGUAAACACAUAUUACCUCAAUUAAAAAUAACUUCUAAAAAUGGCAAAACAAAAAUAAGUCACACCAGCAUUUUUCUUUUUUCUUUUGGUAUGUGUGUGGGGUGCUGAGGGAACCAUAUCCAGUGGUGUCAGGGGUCAAACCACAGUCCCACUCAUUCAAUACAUGUGCCCCUUACUUUGUACUAUCUCCCUAGGCCCUUAAUAAAAUUUUUUAAAAUCAAGAACAACUUUUCUUUAUCUCCUUCCCAACCCCAUCACUUUAGGACUUGAGACCCAAAAAGAUUUUAGAAUUGACCUUAUCCUGUAUCAGAAGAAUCUCUUAGACCCGCAUUGUUGGAAGAUUAAGAAAUGGUAAUUCCCCUUUUUAUGAGGUUUAUAGGUAUAGCUGUUUCUCUCAUCCUUCUUUGGGGUAUUUGAGUCAUCAAGUCCACUGGAAAGAAAAAAAAAAAGGAGUUUCUGUGAUUCAUAGAACUUGCCUUUUGAAUAGUCUUUUGUCCGACAGUAUGAGUUUCCGAGGAUGAGAGGUGUGUCCUUUGGGCCUUUCGUCAUUCACCUGUGGAAUAAAAUGCUCCCCUGUUUGCUGACCAUGGGACCAAGCUCUCUUCCCACACACCAUCCCCUCCACCACACGCUCUUGGCUCCGUAUAAGCGCACCACCAAAAGGAAGCACAUCCCAGAAUAUGGUGUACCCCACGAAAUGUGUCUCCUUUUAUGGGGACUGAGAACCCCUCACCAACCUUCUCCAUCUUUCCUCUCAACCUUCUUCAUCUUUCCUCUCACCUUUCUUACUCCCCACAGCCAUUUUAGACCAUUGAGACCGUUUAUCUUCUCAGAAACAAGGGAUUUAUCUAGAUUGACUGGCUGCCUAUACUCAAUAUUGGACUGAAGUAAAUGGGGAAGGAGAACUACUCGUUAAACCUACCACACAAAUGUUAUUGCACACAAGGUAAUUUUCUCAAAUGGAAAUGGCAGCAACCUUGAUCAAUUGAACAUUUAUUAUCAGAAUGAUUUGAUUUGAUUAAUUCCCAAUAUUAAAUGUCAACCAUUGGCAGAGAAGAAAAGCAUAUUGGCAGGCGGUGGUGCCACAAGAAUAUGUGGUAUGCUUUGAAAUUCUGUUGUAACUUUUUUAAAAACAGAUUUUCCCCAUGUGCUGUGUCAAUAAAAACACAUCGGAAAGAAGACAAGCUUCUAGAUUCUCUUCUGUCUGGAAAACGGGAGGUGUUGAGUUUCAUGUGGGUGUCAGGUUGUCGUCUAUGGUUUGGCAGACACAGCCUUUAUGGCCUUUGUGUAAUGUGACCAGUGGAAUGUUCUAAAAAUUAAACAAUCAGGAAACCUCAGUAGACGCUUCACAGUAGCUGAUUGCACAUGAAAAUGAAUAUCUGAAAGAGCAAGAUAUUUUUCACACUUUCCUCUGUGACUUGGCUUAUGUUUUUUCACUUAUCAGAGAGAAUCAGUUCCCAGAGAAAUACACUAAUGAUGAUGAAUUCACUAAUGAUGAAAGGUCACGCCAACUUACCAGGCAGUAAUAGGAAUGAAACAAAGAGUGCAGUGAGGGACAGGCAAGGCUGAUUACGUCGUCAAAUGCAAAAGUAGGUUCAAGACAGCUACAGUGAGUUCAUUGUAUGGAAUUUGAAAACUAAGGUAAUACACUGUUGCUUCACAUACUUGCCUGCUUGCUUUUUCGCUGUAAUUUACUGGAUAAAUAUUUUCUAAGAUGGGAAUUAGUAGAUCAUUUUGAGUUGUGCAAUAUUUAAAAAUAAUAUCUAAAAUAACAGGACAAAAAGCCCUCUAACAAUGAGAUUUUGUUCUGGAGCUUCUUGCCCUUCCGUUGUGUUAAUCAUGUAUGAGCAGUGAGUGAACUUCAUGCACUCACACAAACACACAUACAGACACUCCACCAUCACGACCACCAUCACCAAAUAAGCAAAUGUAGGUUGUCAUUUCAACCAAGAAUCUUGUCCAGAAACUAAAGGUUGAGUAAAAUAUCCCAGUGAUGGCAUCUUUUUGCCUAUCGCUCAUUGAUGUUACUAUCCUAUGUAAAUUUGAACUAGACUAAGAGCACUCUUGUGCAGUGAUCCCAGAGUAAAGCAAGGAGAGGUCAGAAGGGACAGACCCUCUGUCUUCUUGCUAACCUUCCCCACUCUCCCAACAGGGCUGCCGACUUGUCACAUGAAAGACUGACAGGGGAACAAGACAGGACAUUGGUCAGUGCAAAUGUGAUAUACAGUUGGUCUAGAAGGGGAUGGAGUCAUAAGACUUUGCCUCUGUUAGGAGAAUAUUCCCUCGUGACAACCAACACUGCAAAGCUUAACAAGGACAAGACCCUGUUAUUCCCGUAAGCAAACAUCUCUAUGCCUAUACAGGGAUGGGUAACUUUCUGCCUGUCUUAAGAUUUGUCAACAUCAAUCAUCCCCACUUUCCACCUUUGAUCAAGUCCAUCUUUGAUUAGAUUGUUCUUGCAGGCCCCACACACAAAGCCCGGAGGCCUGGUAUGCCUGUGCCUGAGAGGUUAAUGAGCUACAGAUACUGGACAGCAACAGGGAAUGAAAAGACCAUGGUGGUGGUGACUGAUCAUCCCAUUCAUUAACAUUAUAAAAGUCACACUCUUGCCAUCAAAGCUGUCAAUUGCCAUAAUAAUACCUCGAAGUGACCAAAUAUGAUUAGAAACUGCUUCACACUUUGACUUCAAGAAAUCGCCACCCCCAAACCCUCCCUGUCCUCUGAAAUUUCAUAUAUAUUCCACUCCUAAUUUUGCUGUACUCAUAUGAUCCAAAAAUUUGUUUUUGUUGGUUGGUUUAUCCUUCAGGGGUUGAGCAGGGAGGCACACUGGGUGAUGUUCAGGGGUUACUCCUGGCUCUGCACUCAUAAUCACUCUUGGCUGUGCUCUGGGGACCAUUUGGGGUGCCAGAGAUCAAACUCAGUCUGGCUGCCCGCAGGCAAGCACCUUACCUGUGUACUAUCUCUGUGGCCCCUGACCUAAGAAUCCAACAGAAACAAUGCUACUGUCUCUGUACCCAUACUCUGAUUCCUAAGUAGUAUAUUUUUACCUGAAUAAACUAUGUUUUCUCUCUAUAA